CUUGAAUUUCAAGUGCUAGGGUUUUAGCAAGUUCAGUCUCAUUCAUUGACAGAUAAAUUAGGGGUGCGAAGAGUGCGUCAACCUUUUCAUCAGCAGUCAUCCAUUUCACCCCAACAAUCAACAUGGCAUCUGCCAAGCCAAAAGGUCAUGCAAAAAAAACUGCUGCUGCAGCAGAAGAUGAGGGCAUGGAUCCAACACAAUACUUUGAAAAUAGGCUUAGAGCUCUUGCAGCUCAAAAGGAAGCUGGCAGCAACCCAUAUCCUCACAAGUUUGAAGCUCAAUUGUCUAUUCCUGAAUAUGUAAAGAAAUAUGAAAAUUUAAGCAGUGGGGAACAUCUGGAAGAUGUUGAAGUGAGAAUAGCUGGUAGGAUUAUGAACAAACGAUCAUCAUCAUCAAAACUUUUCUUUUAUGAUUUGCACGGCGGAGGUGCUAAAGUUCAAGUUAUGACAGACGAAAGGACAUCAGAGUUGGAAGGGGAAGAGUUUACUAGGUUUCAUUCUUCUGUGAAACGUGGAGAUAUUGUAGGGAUCGUUGGGUUCCCAGGUAAAAGCAAAAGGGGCGAGCUUAGUAUCUUUCCGAAAACAUUUAUAGUGCUUUCCCACUGCCUCCACAUGAUGCCACGCCAAAAAGUUACUCCUGGUGGAGGCGCAGAGAACACCAAGACAACUGAUGUUUGGAUUCCUGGAACCGGGAGAAAUCCUGAGUCUUAUAUCUUGAAGGAUCAGGAAACACGGUAUAGGCAGCGCUAUUUGGAUUUGAUGCUGAACAUGGAGGUUCGAGAAAUAUUCAGAACGAGAUCAAAAAUUAUCUCAUACAUAAGGCAUUUUCUGGAUGAACGAGAUUUUCUGGAGGUUGAGACACCCAUGAUGAAUAUGAUAGCUGGGGGAGCUGCUGCACGGCCUUUUGUAACACAUCACAAUGACCUAAAUUUGAAACUUUUCAUGCGGAUUGCCCCAGAAUUAUAUCUGAAGGAACUUGUUGUUGGUGGCUUAGACCGUGUAUAUGAAAUUGGGAAGCAGUUCAGAAAUGAGGGGAUUGACCUUACUCACAAUCCUGAGUUUACUACUUGUGAGUUCUACAUGGCUUUUGCUGACUACAAUGACCUGAUGAGACUAACUGAAGAUAUGCUCAGUGGUAUGGUGAAGGAACUUACUGGUGGCUACAUAAUUAAAUAUCAUGCCAAUGGACUGGAUCAAGAUCCUAUUGAGAUCGACUUCACUCCUCCUUUCAGGAGGAUUGAUAUGAUAGAUGAAUUGGAGAAGAUAGCAAAAUUAAACAUACCUAAAGACCUUUCCAGUGAGGAAACCAAUAAAUACCUGGUCGAUGCAUGUGCAAAAUUUGAAAUUAAAUGCCCACCUCCUCAAACAACUACUAGAUUAUUAGACAAACUUGUUGGCCAUUUUCUUGAGGAGACUUGUGUAAACCCUGCUUUCAUCAUCAACCACCCUGAGAUUAUGAGUCCACUGGCAAAGUGGCAUAGGUCGAAACCAGGCUUAACUGAGAGAUUUGAGUUGUUCAUCAACAAGCAUGAAGUCUGUAAUGCGUACACGGAGUUAAAUGAUCCUGUCGUGCAACGCCAACGUUUUGCUGACCAACUCAAGGACCGACAAUCUGGUGAUGAUGAAGCAAUGGCUUUGGAUGAGACUUUCUGUACGGCACUUGAAUAUGGAUUGCCUCCAACUGGCGGUUGGGGUUUGGGGAUUGAUCGAUUUGCAAUGCUGUUAACCGACUCACAGAAUAUAAAGGAAGUUUUGCUUUUCCCCGCAAUGAAACCCCUGGAGGACCUGAACAAAGAAAGCAACAAGAAAACUCAGGAUGGACCUCUCGCUCAAGCAGAAUUUGAAAAGAAAGCAACGGUGUCGUAAAGAUUUCUCGUGCCAAUGAAGGAAAAUAACGAUUAUGAGUUUUGGGUUAAUUGAACUUCAUAAUACUACUUACUAUAUCGUUACCAGAUUUAUUUAAUUUAUAUUCGACUUUUGUCACUUAUUUGGCUUUGUUAUUUGUUAAGUUCAUAGUUCAUACUAUUGAAGUUUCAUGAAUUUUUAUUUUAUUUAAAUCAAACACCCUUCGUUAAA